CCUCAGUUAUUGCUUGUAAUUCAGUUACCACCUGGCAGAGAGCUCAUGCAGAGGAAAAAGGCAGAGCAGAAAUAGAGACACUGAGAAAAAGAGGAUCUCUUGGACAGAACUUUGGUCUGCCGUUCCCACGGAGCAAAGCGUGCCAGGGGAUAUGGGCCCGAGCAGCGUUCUGGUCACCUUUGCCUUUCAUCUGGUGUAUCUUUCAGGGGCAACACUUCCUGCAUCUGUAGUGACAGAUAUCAAUGCUAUUGCUGGCAUACCUGUUGUCCUUCCCUGUCCAUAUGGCCCCAUGGAAAAAAACCUGCAGCAAAUGACCUGGAAACAUGAAGAAAAAACUAUACUUCUCUUCGGUGGCUUUAAAAGCAACAGAUCAGCAACAUACACAUUUGCAGAUCAAGAAAAAAAAAAUCUCUCUCUACUGCUGCCAGAGCCAAAGAAAGGACGUUACACCUGUGGAGUGGCAGACAAGAUACUGAGGGUUUUUCACCUCACAGUGUGGAACGUAACAGGAACUCCGAGGAGAUGGCUCCUGGAGGGCGAAACUUUACUUCUGGAGCUGCAUUCCACUGACAUAAAGCCUGAUAUCAAGAUUGAGUGGCUUGACCCCCACAAAAGGAAAGUAACAGGCAAAGAACCAUUGCGGAGCCUGCAAAGCAAUAGCAGGAAGUUGCAGAUAAAGAACCUGGCAUCUAAAGAGGACCAAGGGACCUGGGAGUGUCACGUCUUGCCUAAUGGGCCUCGAAUCUCCUAUGUUGUCACGGUGAUAGGUUUACUACACCAAUCCGAUGACGGCAUCACUUUUGCAGCUGUUGAUAGCAACAUUUCCCUUUCAUGCUCAUUGAACGUUGAUAUUCGAAAGGAAGAGAGCAUCGCAAGAGAACUGACUUGGAAGUGGAAGAAAAAUAAUACAACUCUUAUGGAAAAGCAGAUUUUGCUCGAUUCCAGCAACUCCUUACCUGUCAAAGGAAUAUCCCUGGUCCAGUUUGAGGAUGCUGGCCAGUACCAGUGCCAUCUUGACUUUAAACAUAGGUAUUUGGAAAAGACCAUCCACUUGAUAGUGAUGAAAGUUUCGGCCGACCCCCCUCACCUCACCUCCAAAGAAGCAAAUGUGACCUUGUGUUGCCACACCUCUGCUCGUCUCCCUCCCAAGGCCAAAUUAUGCUGGGAGCAUGCAAAUGAGAGCAUAUGUGACCCUCACCUUCCGGAAAACAAAUUCUGUCACGUGACCAGAACUGCAGGGCAGUGGCUCUGCAAUCUCGUUGUGAAGAACAGUGUCAAGAUCAGGAUUAAAUACCUUUUGGCAGAGGCCGUCGUAAAGAAAGAUUUCCCAUUGGCAGUAGUACUCUAUGCAGCCGGCGCGCUGCUGUUGCUUAUCAUGGCAGGAGUGUGUGCGCUCACUUGCAAAAAAAUUCAGCGGAAAAGGAAAAUAGCCAAGAGAAUAAGCCAGGCGAGGCAACAUUUACUUGCAAAGAGGACUUGUCAGUGCCAGAGGACAGCUCCAGGACACGUGCAGAAUGUGAAAGUGAGCGCAGAUGUCUCUCGCUUGGAUACUUGCUCUGAUAUUCUUCUGCGUGAUCAUGAACGUUUGUCUACAUAAGCAACAAAGGAAAAGCUCCAGAUGUAUCGCACUGGUCUGCAUCCGUGGGAUCCUUCAAAAUCCCCAGGUGCGCAGACAACUGUUAGAUAUUUUACUGCUAAUAAAAGUGGCUCAGAGACUCGGGGACUUUUGGUCAUGUCCACUGCUCAAGCUCUCUGGAAUCCUAGUCUAUGGCAGCUGAAGGGACUGUGAUACUGGAGCGAUCGUACCAGUUUGAUGUUAACCUUCUUCCAAAGGUUUUCUGAUGUAUUUUCCACCUAUCCUUGAAGACUGUGGUAAGGCAGAGCCAGAGAACGGCCUCAGAGUCAGGCCUUGGUGGUUUUGGAAGACAGAGAUGUGCAGGGGAGUUUUUUAGGUGCCUAGAAAUGACGUGUGAAUUGAUCUGACUGGGGGUGGGCAGAACAAUAAUGAGUGAAAACAAAGUAGAGGUAGUGUGAUUGCAAAGAGGCUCAUCUGUCUAAAUAAAAAGUGUUUUGUUCAUUAAAUAACAUAAUACAAUAAAAUGUCUAUUAAUGAAACAUUUUG